AUGAAGGAGCCAGUCUCGCACCAGGCUCCCAAAGUCAUCAAGCAACUGCAGUUCAGCUUGUUCAAUGCUCAAGAGACGGUCAAGAUCUCGGAAUUCCAGGUCACAGACAGAGCGCUUUACACUUCUCCAGACCGUUUGCCCGUGAAGCACGGUGUUCUGGACCGUCGUUUGGGGACAUCUGAGAAGAAUGCUUUCUGUGAGACCUGCGGGCAAUCCUCCGUCAACUGUGUUGGCCACUAUGCAUAUAUAAAGCUCAAUCUGCCGGUCUUCCACAUCGGGUUUUUCAAGCAUACUAUUGCGAUCCUCCAAUGCAUCUGUAAAACUUGUGCUCGGGUUUUACUCGAGGAGCCUGAUCGACGUGUCUUCAUCAAGCGAUUCCGCCGUCCUAACCUCGAAAACAUGCAGCGACAAUCAAUCACGAAGGCGGUCAACACGAUGGCGCGCAAAAUUGUCCACUGUCCCUACUGCGCCUCGAUUAAUGGCACUGUGAAGAAGGCUGGCCCACUCAAGAUCAUCCACGAUAAAUAUCGCGCAAAAAAGGCGGCACCAGAGUUAGAGGCGUUCAGGAAGACUUUUCAGUCCGCCAUCGAGUUCCAAAAGGAGCUCAGUAUGUAUGUCAAUAAGCCCGUACACGAGGAUCUUCAUCCUCUCAAGGUCUUGGAUCUUUUCCGUCGGAUUUCUGAUGAGGACUGCGAACUCCUUGGCCUUCGUCCAGCAUAUGGCCGCCCAGAAGAGUUUAUCUGGCAAUAUAUAUCUGUCCCGCCUGUUUGCAUUCGUCCUUCGGUCGCUCAAGACGGUGCAUCGAACGAAGACGAUCUGACUGUCAAACUGACUGAAAUUGUCUUUACGAACGCCAUUAUUAAGCAAGGUAUCGAAAAGGGCUCACCGACACCCCAGUUCAUGGAACAAUGGGACUUUCUACAACUUUGUGUUGCGCUUUACAUUAACUCGGAAGUUCCCGGAAUUCAAAACCAGCCCGGACAAAAGCCUAUCCGAGGGUUCGUCCAACGACUGAAGGGGAAGCAGGGACGCUUUCGUGGCAAUCUCUCCGGAAAGCGUGUAGACUUCUCUGGCCGCACUGUCAUUUCUCCCGAUCCUAAUCUUCGCAUUGACGAAGUCGCUGUGCCUGAGCGCGUCGCCAAAGUAUUAACCUACCCUGAGCGCGUAACAUCUCAUAACAUCGAGCUUCUCAAAACGGCCGUCCGCAAUGGGCCGGAUGUUCAUCCCGGGGCCAAUUUCGUAGCACGUGGGGAAAACAAGAAAUUCUUGAAGUUUGGUAACCGGGCCUCGAUUGCAGACGGGUUAGCGAUUGGGGACGUCGUGGAGAGGCAUGUCAUCGAUGGUGAUGUCGUGUUGUUUAAUCGUCAGCCCAGCUUGCACAAGCUCUCCAUCAUGUGCCAUCGGGCUAAGGUGCGACCAUGGCGCUCGUUCAGGUUGAAUGAAUGUGUUUGUGGACCAUAUAACGCGGAUUUUGACGGCGAUGAGAUGAAUCUGCAUGUGCCUCAGACGGAAGAAGCUAGGACCGAAGCGUUAGAGUUGAUGAGUGUGAAGAACAACCUGGUAACACCCCGCAAUGGCGAACCCGUCAUCGCUGCCAUUCAGGAUUUCAUCACUGCAUCUUUCCUCCUCUCACGAAAAGACACCUUCUUCGACCGACGCCAAUUUACUCAAAUCUGCUGCUACUUGGCUGAUGCAAACCUUCACAUCGACCUCCCUCCUCCGACCAUUUGGAAGCCCGUUCGUCUGUGGACAGGCAAACAAAUAUUCAACGUUCUUAUGCGUCCAAAUAAAUCAUCACCAAUCCGAGUAAACGUCGAGUCCAAGUGCCAUAAGUGGGAGGAAGCUAAAGCCGAGAGCUAUCCUUUUAUGGCCACCAAGCCCGCCAAUGAUCUUUCUCCCAACGAUGGGUGGCUGGUUGUUGUGAAUAGCGAGAUUAUGUGUGGAGUAAUGGACAAAGCGACAGUCGGAAGCGGGAAGAAGAAGUCGAUAUUUGGUGUCAUUAUGCGGGACUAUGGUCCUCACGAGGCUGCUGCUGCGAUGAAUCGGCUUGCCAAACUCUGCGCGAGAUACUUGGCGAAUUAUGGGUUUUCGUUGGGGAUCAACGACGUUAUACCCGGUCCUGAACUUUCUCAGAAGAAGGACAUCCUCGUUGAAAAGGCCUACGACGAUUGUCAAGAUGCCAUCGAGUUAGCCAAGAAAGGCAAGCUGGAGAACAAGCCCGGUUGUAAUCAAGAGCAGACACUCGAAGCCCAUAUCUCUCGACUCUUGUCCGACGUUCGAGAGAAGGUCGGACAAAUUUGCAUGAAGGAACUUAGUCGUCAGAAUGCCCCGUUGAUCAUGGCUACCUGUGGAUCAAAAGGUUCCGUCAUCAACGUCUCGCAGAUGGUGGCCUGUGUAGGUCAGCAAAUUAUUGCAGGCCAUCGUGUCCCGGAUGGUUUCCAAGAUCGUUCUCUACCCCACUUCCCCAAAAAGUCUAAGGAGCCACCAUCAAAAGGUUUUGUCCGAAACAGUUUCUUUUCCGGGCUUCGAGCCACAGAGUUUUUGUUCCACGCCAUCUCCGGUCGUGAAGGUCUGGUUGAUACGGCAGUUAAGACUGCUGAGACUGGGUACAUGCAGCGUCGAUUAAUGAAAGCUUUGGAGGAUCUUACGACGCAGUACGACUUAUCUGUCCGAAAUUCCACUGGAGGCGUCGUCCAGUUCCGUUAUGGAGAUGACGGUCUUGACCCCGCCUGUCUAGAGGGCGAUGCUCAGCCUAUCGAGUUUGAUCGCGCUUGGAGUCAUGCUACGGCUCUGGCCUCGCGUGCUGGGCGAGGACUUUUACCCUACGAAAUCUCGGAAAUUGUUGAUCGUCAAUUGGCAACAAAGAAGUUCACCAACGAAUGCACGCCUGCAUAUCUAGCGACUGUCCGUGGCUAUACGGCUGAUCGAAUUGCCCAACGACAAGCCGAGAUACGUAAACACUGGGGGAUGUACGACGCGCUCGAGAAAGACGCAAGCUGGGAUGAGUACACAGACUUGUCUUUGGGAGCCGACAAGGCGCAGAAGGCCAUCGUAGACAACAAAUCCAAGGUCACCGAAGCACAAUUGAUGGCCUUUCUGGACAUCUGCUGGGUUAAAUAUGUCAAGGCUCGGAUUGAGCCAGGCUCUACUGUCGGAGCUGUUGGAGCUCAAUCGAUCGGAGAACCAGGAACGCAAAUGACCCUGAAGACUUUCCAUUUUGCUGGUGUUGCAUCCAUGAACGUCACUCUCGGUGUCCCUCGUAUUAAGGAAAUCAUCAAUGCGUCCAAAAACAUCAGCACGCCUAUCAUCAGCUGCAAACUGGUCACCAAUAACAGUGAAGCGUCUGCUCGCAUUGUCAAAGGAAGGCUCGAAAAAACCAUGUUGGGUGACAUUGCGAGUGUUUUGGAGGAAGCAUGGGCACCAGAAUACACAUAUAUUGGGAUCAUUCUAGACACCGAUGCUAUCCAAAAGCUACAGCUUGAACUGACAUUGGACGAUGUCAAGUGGGCGAUUGUCGCUCACAAGAAGUUAAAAAUCAAGCAAGAGGCCAUUACGGUGAUUCCCCGCAAGGAUCGGCUCCGGAUAUAUGUCGAUGGCCAGGACAAGUAUUACAGACUGCGUGAACUGAAGCGAGGGUUACCAGAUGUUGUUGUGAAAGGCGUCACCUCCAUCCAACGAGCAGUCAUCAACAUCAAAGACAAAGACGACUCUAAAGGCAAGAAAGGAGACAAGGAAUUACUCGUGGAAGGUUAUGGUUUGCAGAAGUGCAUGAUAACAGAAGGUGUCGUCGGAGAGCACACAACAUCAAACCAUGUCAUCGAAGUGGCGAAAGUCCUUGGAAUCGAGGCAGCUCGCCGAACUAUUAUCAACGAAAUUCAGUACACCAUGAAGUCGCACGACAUGAUAAUCGACCCCCGACACGUGAUGCUUCUUGGGGACGUCAUGAGCUACAAAGGCGAAGUUUUGGGAAUCACCCGAUUUGGAGUGGCGAAAAUGAAGGACAGUGUGUUGAUGCUGGCUUCCUUUGAGAAGACAACGGACCACCUUUUCGACGCUUCGGCCUAUGGCAAAAACGACAGUAUCGCUGGGGUGUCAGAAAGCAUCAUCAUGGGCAAUCCAGCAGCGAAUUGACGACACGCUUUUGGUUUACUCCUCCCACCAUCUAUCCACUCCAUUGGACCCAAAUCUUUCGACUGCCUCCUUGGUCUGUCUUCUUGCUCUCUAAUACGCUUCAUUCUCAUCGUUGAGCAGACAUUCUUACUGGUGAGCGACACGCUUUUCUCUUUGCCCACCUUAACGCCUGGAGAGGUUCCCAUAAGACACCAUGCUCGAAGCCAAGCUUGAAGAAGCCGGGGCUCUGAAAAAGCUGCUCGAUGGUAGGAUUUGUCUUUUGACUUGCUCUCUCCCUGGUUUGACGCGUUUUUCCCUUUCAGCGAUCAAAGAGCUCGUCACUGACGCCAACUUCGAAUGCAACGAAGAAGGUCUUAACCUGCAGGCGAUGGACAACUCACACGUCGCGCUCGUCGCGGUCCACCUUGAAGAAUCCGGCUUCAAGAGUUACCGAUGCGACCGACCGAUGCCGCUGGGUGUCAACCUCGCGAGCCUGACCAAGGUGCUAAAAUGCGCAAAAGACGAUGACGAGUGCACGAUAAAGGCCGCUGACGAGGCAGACGUGCUCAACUUAGUCUAUGAAGCGAAGAGUGCGUUUAGUCUGCCUCCUGCAUCACAGCCACAGACUGAGAAAAAACUACAGACUCAGACAGAAUAGCGGAGUAUGACAUGAAGCUCAUGGAUAUCGACUCGGACACGCUUGGCAUUCCCGAUACAGACUACGAUGCUGAGGUUGUCAUGUCCUCUACCGAAUUUGCGCGUAUAGUGCGCGACCUCAGCCAACUUGGCGAGAGCGUCCGUAUCGAGGUCAGCAAGGAGGGAGUGCGCUUCGCGAGUGACGGCGAAAGUGCGAAUGGGAGUGUUUUGCUCAAGUCGAGCACUGACCCAGGACGCGUUCGCACUGACAAAGAGCGCAAGGCCGAUAGAGCACGUGCGAAAGGACUGCCAGUAGAGUCAGACGAUGAAGAUGAAGAAGGUGACGGAGAGCCGAAAGUGAAGAAAGAGAAGGGUGUCAAACAAGAAAAGAAGGUCAAGAAAGAGAAGAAGGACGACGACGAUGUGGAUAUGGACGACGACGAGGGCCAGGAAUUCAAAGCAGAGUCAGACAAAGAAGAUGAUGAUCAGGAGGAAGAUGAAGAGGAGGAGAAGACCAAAAAGCGUAAAAAGAAGGCAAGCGAUUUAUAAUCUUCUCCAGAGCGCUGUCUUAUCGUUUUUGACUAGACGAAUGGCUCCUCGAAGCCUGCCAAAAAGGCCAAGACCAGCAAAAAAGAGAAGGAAGAAGAGCGACCGUUCAGCUUCUCGAUGAACUCGCAUGUUUCCCUCACCUUCUCCCUCAAGUACCUUGUCAACUUUGCAAAGUCCUCCUCGUUGACAAGUACCGUCGAGCUGUUGAUGAGCAACGAAGUUCCCUUGCUGGUAUGUUCCGAGAUGGAUCAUUCACCGGGCUCAGUUGACUGCUCUCUAGGUGAACUACGAUUUCGGCCAAGGCUUUGUGAGGUAUUACCUUGCGCCGAAGAUCGGGGACGAGUAG